AGACAAGAAUUUUUAUAUACUUUGUUGAACCUUUUUUGUUGCAUUGUUUCAAUAGGUGAUAUAUAUCGAGAUUUCAAAUCCUCCAACGUGCUCUUGGAUGAGGACUUUAAGCCAAAACUCUCAGACUUCGGGCUUGCUAGAGAAGGGCCAAAGGGUGACCGUACUCAUGUAUCGACAGCAGUGGUAGGGACUUAUGGAUAUGCUACCCCAGAGUAUGUUGAAACUGGCCAUCUUUCCAUCCAUAGUGACUUAUGGAGUUUUGGUGUGGUGCUGUAUGAGAUCUUCACUGGGAGGCGUGUCUUAGAAAGACACCGGCCAACAGCAGAGCAGAAGCUUCUUUAUUGGGUUAGACAGUACCCUGCAGACAGUAAAAAAUUCAGCAUGAUAAUAGAUCCGCUUCUGAGAGACUAGUAUUCUAUUAAUGCAGCUCGGAAAAUU